AUGGUCACUGAAGGUCUAAGUACUCUUGACUCUAUUAAGUGGCUUCCCAAGUCUCCUAAACUGUACAGUGGCCAUAACUGGAGCUCCCAGGGCUCUCGCUGGGCCUCAUUGAAAGGGAAGGAAGGUUUUCAUGGUGGCAACCUGUACAAGUUCAGCUCUGCUAAUGGAAAAUGGAGAGAAGGAAGGAUCAGUCCUGAGCAAGAAGCAGAGGAACUCGAGGAUCCUGAUGAUGAACCUAUUUCCAAGUUUUCCGGCAGCCUUUUUGAUAGCAACGAAAGCACGCGAGAUCAAAGAAAUACCAGAACAACGCCUCAAGAAAGGCACAAGCUGGCAAUGAAAGGGAAGGCUCUUCCAGGAUCUCACCCCAGGGUGCAGCCACCUGUGUCAGCAGCAGGCAGCUUCCCCGGCGAGAGCGGCCGGCCCGCGGAGGAGCUGCGGGUGCUGGAUGCGCCGCAGCCCCCGCUGAAGGUAACCAUUACUGUGUGCAGCCAAAUGGGGAGUCUUGGUAUUAGCAUUGCUGGUGGAAAGGGCUCAUCUUCAUGUAAAGAAAGCGAUGAGGGGAUCCUGAUUGCUCGGCUGCCAAAAGAUGGUCCAGCAGACUUGGCUGGUGUACAAGCAGGAGACAGAGUGGCUGAGGCAACCUUUGUUUCAGAAUCUGCUGCCCUUGAUGCUGGUCCUACUGAAGCUUCCCCCAAGGGCAGCCCCUCCCCGACAGUCAACCAUGUCAUCACAAUACCCCGGAUAAUCCUCACACGCCCUUCCACUUCUGAUGAAGAUGCCGACCAGUUGCCCCCAGACCCUGAGGACUUCGAGCCCGAGGAGCCUGACAGCGCAGAAGGCCAUGCCUAUUCAGACUGUCUGAGCAGUGCUUUUUAUCCUCCCUAAUAAAGUACUUUUCUGGCAGGAGUUGAUGGGUAGUUUUAUUUCCCAUUGUUUGAUUACAUUUAAUGUAGUACUUGAACCGCUAUGCCUUAUUUAUAGCGAAAACCAUUACGUGGGGGAUGGAUUUGUGA